AUGGCCGACACAAACACAUCCUUCAGAGACAAAGCGCGCUUUUUCCGCCAGCUGGAAUCUCUCGGUAGACAAAGUGACGAUGACGACGACGACGAGUUCCAGGAGGCCGAGCAGCGUCACAGGCAACAACUAAAGGCCUUUCAAGCUGCGGCGCAACCCCGUCGGCCACUUCAGGAGAAGACACAGCGAGAGCCGCAGUCGCAGUCGCAGUCGCAGUCGCAAUCGCCACUUCCCCAACACUUGAGCUCGAACCUCAGACGAACGUCGCCGGUCCCGGUCCCGGCCCCGGCCCCGGCCCCGGCUUCGUUUACGGAUCUCAAACGGAAGGAAGUCAUCAAGCGGACUCCACUUGCCGAGAUUAAGGGUCCCGGAAGGAAGGACGCUCCUGCCGCCGACAGCUUCAUCGAGGAUACACCCAUUCCAGACUCUUCAGCAAGGCCACCACUCCAGCCUAUCCCGAGUCUCACAAGAAGCGUUACUACGCCACUGCCGGCCACCAAGCACAUACUGCCUCACCGGACUGACAACUCUCCCUCUAUCGCCGCGAUGAAGAAAAGAAAGAGAGACCCUCCUAUCAAAACUGUAUCUGAGGACCAGCAGAUCUUUCGCGGCUUACGCUUCUACUUCAUCCCCAAUGAUGACAUUGCGCCGGCCAGGAAGAUUCGAAUCCGGAAGGCGCAAGAGUUCGGCGCGUCUUGGGUACGAUCGUUGGAGAAUGCGACACACGUCAUAGUUGACAGCAACCUGAAUUGGAAAAGCAUCGAGUCUAUUGUCAGCUCGGAGCAUGGCGCGCAUUCGUACUUGGUUCUUAAUGAAGAGUACCCUUUGGAUUGCCUCAGGUUCAAAACUCUACUUAAUGCAGAACAGAAGCAGUAUCGAGUCUCUGGCUGCCCAGAACCAUCUGCUGCUCCAGCUGAACCUCGAAUCGGAUCUCGAGUUGUUGAGCCAUUGGCACCGAACCUGCAAGAUUUGCCGCUCAAGUCCCAUCAGACGAAUCCGAAGAGAUGGGACUACGCACGGCCAUUGACUCCAUCCAGGAGUCAGGGGUCCUCUGGAAGAAUGAAUGAAAAGGAUGCGGCUGUUACAUCGUCGUCAGUCCUCAGGGACAUCACAGAGAUUGUACAGCCAUCAAACACUCAUGGACACAAUAAUCAAAGCGUUGAUGGCUCAGACGAUGAACCCCCUGCAACUGUCGAGGAGCCGGUCUCUGCACUUAAGGACGAACUCGAAGACGUUAUAUCCCAGAUGCAAGAGUUUAGGGAUCUCCCACUGGAACAUGAUGACGACGACAUGACAACCUCGACGCAGCUGCCGGAAGAAGAGUCUGGUGGUGAAGGCUCCGAAGAUGAGCGGCAGAGAAAGAAGAGAGCCGUCACCAAGACUCGGGGCCGCAAAGACCUGACGUGGGAAGACAAGUUUGCAUGCCAUAAUGGGGGCACCAAUGGAGACGAUCAAACGAACCCAAACAGCCGUACAAUUGACAUUUUGCAGCAAAUGUGCAACUACUAUGAGCGUAUCAACGAUACCUGGCGCCCCAUCGCUUACAGAAAGGCCAUCACGCAACUCAAGCGGCAAACAAGCAAGAUAUCUACGGCCGAGGAGGCAAUUCGACUGCCCGGGGUGGGUCAACGAUUGGCUGACAAGAUUGAGGAAAUCGUCACAACGAACCGACUUCAACGGCUGGAGAGUGCGGAGCGAGAGCCCAUGGACGAGGUUUUGCAGAUGUUCCUCAAGAUUUACGGCGUGGGCAGUGUGCAAGCAAGCCUUUUCAUUUCGCAGGGGUUCCGGACGCUGGAGGACCUGAAGGAGAAAGCGAAGCUUACCCCGAACCAGCGAGUCGGCAUCUAUCACUACGAAGACCUCAACACGCGCAUCCCUCGUUCUGAGAUCAAGCUUCUAGGGGCAGUGGUGAGGUCAGAAGCAGUAAAGCUAGACCCCACAGUGGAACUUAUCAUUGGGGGCAGUUAUCGUCGAGGCGCCAUGGACAGCGGCGAUAUUGAUUUCAUAGUCACCAAGAAGGGGACAAGGACAACGUCUGAUCUUACGCCAUUCUUACAUCACUUGGUAAAGACGCUCGAGGCCCAGAACUUCCUCGUUGCGAGACUUGCGGGAUCCAGAGACGAGACCGACGGCAGCAAGUGGCACGGAUGCUGCGUCUUACCCAAGAUCAGGGGCAUCAACGACAAGAACUAUCGUCGUGUCUGGCGGCGUGUGGACUUCCUCGUGGUCCCAGAGACCGAGAUUGGGGCGGCGCUGAUCUACUUCACAGGCAACGACAUCUUCAACCGGAGCAUCCGGCUGCUGGCAUCGAAGAAGGGGAUGCGGCUCAACCAGAAGGGUCUUUACAAGGAUGUGAUGAGGGGUCCUGGGCGUGUCAAGCUGACCGAGGGCGAGCUGGUCGAGGGGCGGGACGAGAGGAGGAUCUUUGAGAUCUUGGGAGUCAAGUGGAGAGAGCCUCAUGAGAGGUGGUGUUGA